AGAGCGGAGCGGAGCAGCGGAGCAGAGCAGUGGAGAUGCCAGGACUGACGCUGGGAAGGCACUGCUGGGAGCCAGAGGAUUCCAGCUUCAGCUAGCCGAGGAUGGCUGGAGACUCUCGAGUCCAGAUGGACCAGGACAUGGAGAUUGGAGUGACCCCCAGAGAGGUGAAAAAGCUUCCCAAGCACCUGAGAGAGGCGCAGAUCUCCACGGAGCGCACCCACCUGAUCGCCGAGCCGGCCAAGAAGGUGCGCCAGCGCUACGUGCAGAAGGACGGCAAGUGCAACGUGCACCACGGCAACGUGCAGGAGACCUACCGCUACCUGAGCGACCUGUUCACCACGCUGGUGGACCUGCGCUGGCGCCUCAGCUUCCUCAUCUUCACCCUGGUCUACGUGGUCAACUGGCUCUUCUUCGGCCUGCUGUGGUGGCUCAUCGCCCUGAUCCGCGGCGACCUGCUGCACGCCGACGAGGAGGGCUGGACGCCCUGCGUGGAGAACCUCAACGGCUUCGUCUCGGCCUUCCUCUUCUCCAUCGAGACGGAGACCACCAUCGGCUACGGCUACCGCGUCAUCACGGAGAAGUGCCCCGAGGGCAUCGUCCUGCUGCUGGUGCAGGCCAUCCUGGGCUCCAUCGUCAACGCCAUGAUGGUGGGCUGCAUGUUCGUGAAGAUCUCGCAGCCCAAGAACCGGGCGGAGACGCUGAUGUUCUCCCACAAGGCGGUGAUCUCGGUGCGGGACGGCAAGCUGUGCCUGAUGUUCCGCGUGGGCGACCUGCGGAACUCGCACAUCGUGGAGGCCUCCAUCCGCGCCAAGCUCAUCCGCUCGCAGCAGACCAAGGAGGGCGAGUUCAUCCCGCUCAACCAGACCGACAUCAACAUCGGCUUCGACACCGGCGACGACCGCCUCUUCCUGGUGUCGCCGCUCAUCAUCUCGCACGAGAUCAACGAGAAGAGCCCCUUCUGGGAGAUGUCGCAGGCGCAGAUCGAGAAGGAGGAGUUCGAGAUCGUGGUCAUCCUGGAGGGGAUGGUCGAAGCCACGGGGAUGACCUGUCAGGCUCGGAGCUCGUAUCUGGACACGGAGGUGCUGUGGGGGUAUCGGUUCACCCCGGUGCUCUCCCUGGAGAAGGGCUUCUACGAGGUGGACUACAACAACUUCCACGACAUCUACGAGACCAACACCCCCUCCUGCAGCGCCAAAGAGAUGGCAGCCAGCCUGAGGGAGGGAGAGCUGUUCCCCCACCUCUCUCCCCUGUCCCCCGACACCAAGCAUCUGCCCCUGAACCCCCUGCCCCUGCCCCAACCCCUCUCCGAGUCCCAGCACAAGGAGGAGGGAGAAGAGGAGCAGGGGGAGAGAGGAGAGACCAACGGCUUGGCCGCCACCCUUGGAAAUCAGCCCUGA